UGCAUAAGUCUCCAGUGCCCGGCGGAGACCUGGGUUAGACCCUGUCGAUCGUAUUCCCACUCUCCUGCCAUCUACUGCCUUUGCCUUGUGUUUGCGAGAGAGAGAGAGAGAGAGAGCGAACGAGAUGAACUCGGCGUCGCGGCUAUGGAAACUGGCGUUACUGUUCAUCGCGCUCUCAAGCGCGCUCCAGAUACCGAGCCGAGCUCCCUUGGCUUUGAUCGCCGUGGCGCUCAUCGUUGACUUAGCAAAAAAGCGCAGAAGAAACGCGGAAUCAAGCGAAUCACUGUCAUCUUCACCGAAUUCCAUCACCUUUUCGGGAAGUUACGAGGUUUUCUUGAGUUUCCGAGGGCCAGACACUCGGAAGGGAUUCGCAGAUUGCCUCUAUACCAGCCUCACAGAAAAGGGAAUCUGUGUUUUCAGAGACAAUGAAGAGUUACCUGUCGGAGAAAAGAUCAAGCCAUCACUCAUUGAGGCGAUCAAGCGAUCGGAGAUAGCCAUACCCAUCAUCUCGGAGAAUUAUGCUUCCAGCAAAAGCUGCCUCAUGGAGCUGCAGCAAAUGUUAGCGUGCAGAGAAAACAACGAGCAAAUGAUAAUUCCCAUAUUCUAUGACGUUGAUAUCUCUGAUGUAGAACACCUUACGGGAUCUUUUGGAGAGUCCUUUUAUGAACUUGUUAAGAAUGAGCGAGUUGGCAAGGAGAGGAUCGAUGCGUGGAAGAAGGCUCUCCGACAUAUUGGAGAUCUGAAAGGGUUGGAAUUGUCUGAAAUGAAUGAUGGGCACCAUGGCAAACUCAUACAGCUAGUCGUCUCAAAAGUCUGGCUACAAUUAAAGAAGCCUGGCCUAUUGGUGACUGAUUAUUUAGUUGGAAUCGACCAUCAUGUAGAAAAGAUUAUGAGGAAGCUUGAUGUUGACUUUCGUGAUGGACAAGCUGUUGAAACAAUUGGCGACGAGGGAUGCGUUGUUGGAAUAUGUGGUAUCCCUGGGAUUGGCAAAACUACUGUUGCAAAGGUUGUCUACAACCGACUCUAUCAUCUCUUUGAUGGCUGUGCCUAUCUCGAGAAUGUUCGAGAAAGGCACGCCCAGGUUGAAGGGCGCAAGACUUUGCGAAGUAAUUUAGUUUCUCAACUAAGAAAUAGGGGAAGUCAAGAAUUCAGUACUUCUGACGAGGCUAUGCACUUUGUCAAAAAUAGAUUCAGCAAUACAAAGGUUCUCAUUUUUCUUGAUGACGUGCAUGAUUCUGAACAGCUAACUCAGAUUGCGGGUGACCUUACGAAUUAUGGUCCUAGAAGCAGAAUUAUUGUGACAUCUAGAAAUCAAGAUGUCCUCAUGGGGGUCAAAGUAAGAAUUCAAAAAUAUGAGGUUGAGGCAAUGGAAAAAGGUCAUGCUCUUGAACUUUUUUGUAAGCAUGCUUUCGGGAAGGAUUUUGUCGGAGAGGUCGACCAUGGUCUUUCUAGUGCCAUUAUAUCAGCUACUAGUCGACUUCCUUUAGCUCUUGAAGCGGUGGGUUCUUGCUUAUUUUUUCAAUCAAAAGAAGUGUGGGAAGAGACAUUGAAGAAAUUCAAAGGUGCUCCUCACAAGAGGGUUGAAGAGGUGUUGAAGAUGUGUUAUGAAGAUUUAGAUGAAAAUCAUAAAGAGAUAUUUCUAGAUAUAGCAUGUUUUUUCAUUGGGCAGGAUAAGAGAAUUGCCAUUUACAUGUGGGAAGACUCUGGAUUUUUCCCUCAAGAGGCCAUUAAUGCUCUUCUCGUAAGGUCGUUGGUAAAAGUUGGAGAGAAUAACGAGCUGUGGAUGCAUGAACAAUUAAGAGACUUUGGUAGGGACAUAGUACGGAAGGAGAACCCUAGAGAGCCUUGCAAGCGAAGCAGGUUGUGGAAUCACAAGGAAGCAUUAGCAACACUGAAGGAAAUAAAGGGCACUCACAAUGUUCAAGCACUUGGACUCAUGUUUGAUCAUGGAACUGAUGCUCGUUUGACUUGUGAAGCAUUUUAUCCACUACAGAGUUUAAGAUUCCUUAAACUGGACUGUGCAUAUAUCGAAGGCAAUCUUCAGAAUGUUCUUUCAAACUUGAAAUGGUUGGAUUGGCAAAUAUGCCCUGAAAAGACCUUGGAGUUUCCUUAUUUCAGUGUUGAAAACUUGAUCAUUCUUGAUCUGUCGUGGAGUCGGGUAAAUCACGGUUGGAGAGGUUGGGAGCUGAUAGAAGAGAAAGCGAAGAAAUUGAAAGUUUUAAACUUAAGGGGUUGUCUUGAGUUACUUGAAUCUCCAAAAUUCCCUGCUCCAAUUAAACUAGAAAGAUUGACUCUGGAAUGUUGUUCCAAAUUAUACUUGAUUGGCCCAUCCGUUAGCAAUCUAAGCAACUUAGUUUCCUUAAAUAUGAAGUUUUGUAAUGUGGACCAGUUGCCAGAUCUGGGUUUCGCGAAGGCUUUAAAAGAGCUGUUGAUCGAUGGGACUUUUAUUGAUACAAUUCGUUUCCGAGAAGGUUCUAUGGAGCAACUUGAGACUCUCAGUGCUCGCAAGUGUGAAAAGUUAGAACAAAUAUAUGAGAUUGAUCACUUACGAUCUCUCUCUGAUCUUGCGCUGGAUGGAGCCACUAUAAAGACCCUUCCAGUUUCCCUCGGGUCGUUGGAGAAACUUCAACGCCUGUCUUUAAGGAACUGUCAGAAACUAACUGAAAUUCCACGAUCCAUUGGAAAGCUCAAGCAACUGCAGUUUAUGGACCUCUCAAACACGGGAGUUGAUGAAUUGCCUCAUUCAGUCAAGGAUUUGGAAGAUUUGAAAGUGCUGAAAAUGGAACGUACUUACAUAGGAAAAUUUCCUGAAGCAAUACAAAAUCUGCGAAAUUUGGAAGAGAUAAAUUUUUCACGCUGCCGGAGGUUGGAGAUUCAGGUGGACUGUGAUCUUGCGAGAUUAUCCUCUUUGAGAGUCUUGAAAUUAUCCUACACCGAAAUUUCCCACUUGCCUGAGAGCAUUCGUUGCCUCUCAAGUCUCCAAAUGCUUGAAUUGCAUAACUGCAAGAAGCUUCAGGCUCUGCCAGAAUUUUGCCAUAGUGUAAUCAUCCUGCAAUAGGCAUCCAGAAAGAUAUGGACAGCCUUGGAACCGUUGUGCUACCGUUGUGCCUGAGCAUUGUAAAAGCGUGGUACUUUGGUGACGAUCCUGUUCCAAAGUGGAGCAUAAUGGUAUUCAGAUUUUGCAGCGGUUGACAGAUUUCACCCAUUUCAUGUAAGAGGCAACGGUAAAGUGGCUAUCAAGAACUCAUUUCCGUAAUUAUGAUGGAGGGUACGCAGUGAUGUGGCUGGACACUGUAUAGGAGAUUCAUUUGCAAUGCAAGAAGGCAGACAAAGAUGGUCGACAUUGUCGAUCAGCCGGAUCCAACAUGUCAGGAUCAGCCAACCGAACUACCUGAUACGCAGAAAAUGGAAUUUGCUAGCCUGCCCCCAAAACGUUUCCCCGGCAAGAUGAACAGAUCGAGUUAAGUUAGAUGCAUCUUCAUGUAUGCGAAAUUACCGAUGGCUUCUCCCGUCGAAGAAGAUAUAUAAAGCUGCUAUUUCCCGUCAAGCAGAGAAAUGUUUUCUCUAGCAUUCCUUUGAACAUCAGAGAAGUACAGAUAGCUUAAGCCGGAGCUGUUUCCAUGGCUUCUAUCUCCUAAGCAAUGCGUUGACCUGGAGGCUAGCUGUUCCUCCCUUUCUCUUUUACAGCGGCAGCCCAGCUGCUAGUUGAUUGUACUAUGAAUGAUAACACCCAGAAACCCCCUUCUGACCUAAGUCUUUAAGCAUUUUA